CUUAUCAAUUAUUUAUGAGUAGGAAAGAAAAACCUAUAAACCUGCACAGUGCCACAGUGUUUGUGUAACACUUCCUCUGUGACAGAAAACCUAUUAAAGCAACAGUUUCGUUUUUUUUACCAGGAUUGAAUCUGAACGGUACUUUUAAGCUAUUUACUACUGUACCUAACAGAUGUUUUUUUUUUUUUGUCAAAUAAACACAGUUAGUACACAAUCAUUUAUUACCGGAUUAAACAAGUGUAGUUAAACAAAGUUGUGUUUAUUUUCAACAUAUUUCUCUGAAACGUUUUAGGAUAUCGGUCAGGUUACACCAGAGUAGAUCACAGAACUGUACGUAUGUAUCAUAUCUGACAAGCAAUAAACAGCUCCUGCAAUAAAAUCAUAAGAUUUUAAAAGCUAGGCUGUGUGAACUUUGUUCAGAGCACCCUAUUGUUUUUACCAGUCAUUAUCCAACAUCAGAUUGAUUUAGUAAUAAAUAAGAAAUAGUUAUAUUUCUGGGAGUAUAUCUUAUCUGAGCUUUUCUUUGACUUGAAAAACUUUGUGAGAUUUAGGGAUAUUUGCUUUUUUCCCCCUGUGAUUGCCCUUUAUUAACCCUAAUGAUAGGGAUAAGGUUGCAACAUGUCCUCCCGCUUGUUGCUGAUUGAGUUGAGGGUAAAGUCUGCUUUUGCCGUCUGUGUACGGUCUGACCCACUGAGGCCUGUGAUGGUUUGAUAAGAUUUCCAGAGGUGACUGACAUAGAGUUUAUUAUCCGAUUUGGAUUACUCACCAUCCGGAUCUACAGAACGCACCGGCCGGUCCGGAGGUGGAAUUGGGUCUGCGCCGAAGGAAGGCUAAGGAACCAACCACAGUUUGAAUUCCUGAUGGCUGCAGAAAAAACAGAAACAAGCUUCUCCUCACUGCAGAGCAUUCAUGUGAAACCGGGGGUAAUGUGAGUGACACCCACAACCAGCAAGCUGUCAGCCUAUUCAGAGAUUCACGGUGCACACAUGCCAUUGGGCCGGAAGAAAGGAAAGGCCCUUUGCAUGUUGAUGAUGAUCAACAUCUUGAUCUGUGUUCUGGUGGGCGUUUCGUGGAAACUUGGGCAUAAAGGCGAUCCGAAGGGGAUUCGGAUUCCAUCCAAGAGGUUCUGGGGCCGAACGUUAAUGAGCAAAUCCUUCUGGAACAAGGAACAGCAGCGCUUGGACGUGAUUAACAACCCGCUUAUCAACUCUGAACUCUUUGGAGGCUCCUUCAUUGCUCUGCCGGAUUGGCUUAAUGAUACCGGACCUCUUGACCCAUGUGAAGCGGAUUACCGGGUCGCAAGGCAGGUUUUGGACUACAACAUUCUACCAAAGCGGUUCCAGGACUUUCUUUUACACAUGCGCUGUAGGAUGUAUCCGAUGCUGAUAAACCAGCCCCACGUCUGCGAUGAAAAACCCUUCCUUCUGCUGGUGGUCAAGUCACUGAUGCCGCAUUUCGACCGGCGCCAGGCCAUUCGCCAGACAUGGGGACACGCUGGCUUCUUAGCCAAUCGGAGUGUGGUGACAGUGUUCCUGCUUGGCAGAACUUCAUCUGUGGACAACUUCCCCGACCUGCAGGAGAUGCUAAACCAUGAGGCAAAGCUUCACAAAGACCUGCUGCAGUGGGACUACAGGGACACAUUCUUCAACCUCACCCUUAAAGAAGUCCUUUUUCUAGAAUGGUUCAGCACGCACUGUCCUCACGCUCAGUAUAUUCUCAAGGGUGACGACGACGUCUUUGUUAACACCUUACAAAUCAUUGACUUCCUGGAAGGCUUGUCUGAGGGCAAAGGCAAAGAUUUGUUCAUAGGUGAUGUUAUCAAGAAUGCAGGUCCCCACAGAAACAGAAAACUGAAGUAUUUUAUCCCUGAGAGUGUAUUUGUGGGGCAGUACCCACCCUACGCUGGCGGUGGAGGCUACCUGCUCUCUGGGGAUUUAGCAAUACGUCUUUCCAACAUUUCUCAGGAGGUGGUCUUGUAUCCCAUUGAUGAUGUCUACACUGGGAUGUGUCUGGAGAAGCUGGGCCUGGUGCCUAAAAAGCACCCAGGAUUUAGGACGUUUGACAUUGAAGAGAAGUACAGGGACAACCCAUGCAUCUACAGAAGCCUGAUGCUGGUUCACAGUCGAACACCACAGGAGAUGCUGGAGAUCUGGCCGUGGAUUACUCACCCUGAGCUGAGCUGCCAGUGACCUGUUUCAACUGGUUUUAAAGUUGUCAGAUAAUCUGCUUCAUUUUAUUGAGUAUUUUAAAUAUGUUUUUACAUAUUUGUUAAAAUGGUCACUAUGCACUGAAAUUAUGAGAUAAUCUGAGAAAAAAUGUUUCCUUCUCCCAGUGCUCCCAGUUCUUGAUGCACAAAUACACAGCUCCAUCAGAAAUAACCAAUCACAGCCAGGAGGAGGGUCUUACUGCUGUCAAUCAUCCUCAUAUAUGAGCUGCACUCACUCUCCCCCUUUCUCUCUGCUACCACAAAGGAGCAUAAUUGGUUAUGCUAACUAUGCUAAUUAGCAUAGCCAAGCAGUUUUUCUGUAACUGUAAGUUAUUUCUCCAAUAUUAGCACACUUAACAGAACGUACAUGAGGAUGAUUGACAGCGCUAAGAUACUCCUCCUGGCUCUGAUUGGUUGUUUUUGACCAGAAACUGUGCUGAUGGUGAUUUUAGCUUAGAGAAGAGAUGGAAGAAAUUGAUCUUUUCACAGACUAUCCGUUAUGCUGUACUGUCACGACAGCUUUAACAAAUAUGUAAAAAAGCAUAUUUUUGCAAAAGAUACAAAAUGCAGCUUUAAAGUAAUUAUACUAUUUUAUUGAUUUAAAUAGGUGUAUUUCAUUAAAGUACAAGAAUUAAAAUGUUA